CCUGGUUACCCCAGCACACCCUGGUGCAAACAUGGUUCUGUGGCAGUUCUCCUUCUACGUGUCACAAGUGAGGUCCCAGGGAAGGGAGAGGAGGUCUGCGUGCCAUGGAGGAGACAGGCUUUAAGGAUGAAGUGGAUGGAGCCAUGGCCAGGGACUGCAGCAAGGACAGCACAGCUGACCAGACGGCAGAGGAGGACCUGUCUGGCGCAGCGAAGGAGGCAGCCCUUGGAACAGGCAGCGAGAGUGCCCCACCACUCAAGGCCCCACUCAUCUGUUGCGCAGAGGGCCUUGAUAAGGACACCUUUAAAGUUUGCAAGGAGGUUUUGAGACCCUUUAAGUCAUCCCUUCGGAAACUGAAUUUGUCCCAGCACCACCUCAUGAAGAAAAGACUGAAGCACGUCAAGGAAAGUUUGGCCAUAACUGGGAACUGCAUCGAUCGGUUUCUCCACAAGUUCUGCAGAGCCUCAGAAGUCGCACGCUGGCAGAAGAAGUUAUGGCAGUUUGUCUCCCUCUUCUCAGAGCUGGAAGCAGAUCAGUUGGAGAAGAUGUACGUGUGCAUCAAGAAAAACCAAAUGGAUAAGUUUCAACAAUUAUGCUGCCCUUCGGAAACCCCAUGUUCAGAAGAGGAACUGAAUUGGCUUUACACCAGACGGGGUCUCCAAGGAGGGACAGAGAGACCUGCAGGAGCAGCCAGGUCAAAGAGACAGUCACCAUCAGCACAACUGCCAAGUCAACGCCCAGCGGCAGGAAUGGCAGGUGAGCUCAGGCAGUGGCAUCGGCACCAAGCAGGAAAAGCAUCUUCCUGCCCCAGGAGAGGCAUUGAAACUUGGCAUUUUUGCCAGAGGCCCAGGAGGUGAAGAGCAGUCAGUGGU